UUUCCAGGAUGCUCUUUCUGUUUUUUUCCUUGGUUCUGUCUGCUGAUUUGAAUGGGUUUUGUUUCCCUUGGUUUUAUCACUGUUGUUCACGAUCCUCUACUAUGACGACCUCAUGAUUGUAAAUUGUUGACCUCUAGGUCUGGAUGAAGAUGACAUGCCAGAAAUCAAUGAAGAAACCCUUCCUGAUGAAGAGGCCAUGGCUAGGCUAGGAGUUGUUGAAGCUGAAAAGUUCAAGCUUCCUGUCUAUGGAGACAAUGAUGAUGAGGAAAGUGCCAUCGGCAAUGGAAAAGCAAGCAAUGCCUCCAAAAAACGUAAACCAGUUUCUGAAAAUACAGCUAAGGAGUCUGCAAACUACAACUGGCCAAAUCUUACUGAUAAUGGACAUGAUGCUUUCAUAUGUUUCAAGUACGAUGGUAUUAAGUCUUAAUUAAGUGCGCAAAUUUGGCUUAAUCAGUAUUAUGUACAAUCCGCUAGAGUAAAUAAAGCCCUCUCUUUAACAUCUAUCA